AUGGAUCACAUGGAUAUGUCAACGGGCAUAAUGCUCUUGUCAUUUGUCGUGGCUUAUAUGCUAUGGUUUAAUACCAUCACGAGGUCUUUGAGUGGUUCAAAGGGUCCACGUGUCUGGCCCUUAUUGGGUAGCAUGCCGGGCCUAAUCAAGAACGCCAAUCGCAUGCAUGACUGGAUCGCCGCAAACCUUCAAGCGUGUGGCGGCACGUACCAGACUUGCAUAUGUGCAAUUCCAUUUUUAGCCCGGAAGCAAGGUCUCGUGACUGUCACGUGCGAUCCCAAGAACCUUGAACACAUAUUGAAGUUGAGGUUUGAUAAUUAUCCGAAGGGUCCCACCUGGCAAGCCGUGUUCCAUGAUCUGCUUGGUGAGGGGAUCUUCAAUUCUGAUGGUGACACGUGGCUGUUUCAAAGAAAGACUGCCGCACUGGAAUUCACCACCCGGACGCUUCGACAAGCCAUGGCGAGGUGGGUGAGCCGAGCCAUCAAGAACAGGUUCUGUCCCAUUCUCAAAACGGCUCAAUUGGAAGCCAAGCCGGUUGAUCUUCAAGACCUCUUGCUUCGGCUCACUUUCGAUAACAUUUGCGGCUUGGCUUUUGGUAAAGAUCCACAUACUCUCUCGGCCGGGCUACCUGAGAAUAGCUUUGCCUCAGCUUUCGACCGAGCCACCGAAGCUACAUUGCAACGUUUUAUUUUGCCCGAGUUUAUUUGGAAGCUGAAAAAAUGGCUUCGGCUUGGAAUGGAGGUCAGCUUGAGCCAAAGCAUGAAACACGUGGACGAUUAUAUGACAAAUGUCAUCGAUACACGUAAGCUCGAGUUGCUGACUCGGCAGAACGGUGGGACACCACAUGAUGAUUUGCUCUCUAGGUUCAUGAAGAAAAAAGAGUCCUACUCGAACACGUUCUUGCAACAGGUGGCACUCAAUUUCAUUUUAGCUGGACGUGACACUUCAUCAGUCGCAUUGAGCUGGUUUUUCUGGUUGGUCACUAAAAACCCAAGAGCGGAAGAGAAAAUCUUGAAAGAAAUAUGCACCGUUCUGAUAGAGACACGUGGUGACAACGACACCUCUAAGUGGCUUGAUGAUCCUUUAGUGUUUGAAGAAAUUGACCGAUUGAUAUACCUUAAGGCAGCAUUAUCGGAGGCCCUUAGACUAUAUCCAUCAGUGCCAGAAGACUCAAAGCAUGUCAUCACUGACGACGUAUUGCCGGAUGGUACAUUUGUACCCGCGGGCUCGAGCAUCACCUAUUCGAUAUAUUCGACCGGCCGAAUGAAGUACAUUUGGGGUGAAGAUUGCCUGGAGUUUAAGCCCGAAAGAUGGUUAUCAAAAGAUGGCAAAAAAUUUGAUCUUCAAGAUUCAUUCAAAUUCGUGUCAUUCAAUGCCGGUCCCCGGAUUUGUUUGGGUAAGGACUUAGCUUACUUGCAAAUGAAGUCGAUAGCAGCGGCGGUGUUACUCCGCCACCGGCUCACGGUGGUGCCAGGCCACCAAGUGGAGCAAAAGAUGUCACUGACAUUGUUCAUGAAGUAUGGACUUAAGGUAAAUGUGCACCCUAGAGACUUGUCCACCAUAUUGGCUAAAAUUGGCAAUGGAAGUAACAUGGGUGAUAAGGAGAGCCUCAGUAACGGUAACUGCCAUGCAUGGACAGUUUGAAAUGGUCAAUGGAUUGCUUAAGGGUUGCUUAUGAUCAAUACGAUGCAUAUUAUAACUAUAUAUGAUAAGAGUCGCUGUUGCUGUGAUGAUUCUUUGACAGGCACCUUCAUCACCACUUGAUGAAGUCAAGUAUGGCUGAUUUCGUAUGGUUGUCAGAGAUUUAUUAGGGUGGUCGUCACAACCUAUCAUCAUUGGCCAGUUUGCAUUUCCCUAAUCUAUAUACUGCUAUUUUAAAACGGUUUUACCAAUGUCCCAGAUGAAGAUGGAGCUUGAAGGUGACAAUAAUGACUAUAUUUUACAUGUAACAUUUUCUUCUUUUUUUUUCCAUUGUCUUAUUGGAGAACAGCAUAUAUAUAUAUAUAUAAAUGUAAUGCUCUGAUUGAAGUGGCAAAUAAAAUGCGAA